AGUGCCAGCCGAGGGCCGGCAACCCGCGUCUUCCUCCCUGUACGUCUCCCUCACUUUCUCUCUCCCCGGGGCUAAAUUGGACACAAGCCCAAUUAAACUCCUCUUUCCUUCUGGAAGGCUUUCCUUUUCUACUUCCUCGCUUGUCAUAGUGCCCAUUCUUAUAGAUUUCGCUUGGAGAGAUGGGUCUCUUUCUCCACUUUGUUCUCUGGGAAGCCUCUCCCAGCAUCAGAUUCUAGGGUUUAUCAUUUUCCUUAAAAAAAAGAGUUAGUACCUCUAGGCCUUUCGAGCUAAUCGGUAUUGCUUUUGCUAUCGGCUGCUUAUAUCUUGCUAGGUAAGGUACAGGACUGAUAUGGAGCUUAGGUUUUCUUUUCUGGAAUAUUAACCUAAUCACCGAUAGAGAAGAAGAGAGUAAAAGAGAUGAAAGGCGGCGCUGUUUUCUUGCUGACGGUUCUUCUGCUGCAUAUGCUCUUCAUUGGUCUCGUUGCAGCCGAGGCUGACUCCAAAGAAAUUCCUACGCCCGACACUAGCAGCCUUGCUGUAUAUAUAAAUGAUACAAAAAAUGCUUCUGAUCAUGUGAAAGGAGAUGGCGAGAAGAAGGAUAAACAUCACAAUGACAAAUCUCAGGAGGAAAUUGCUACAAAUGCUCUCAAUGACACGGGAAAGAAUUUGAAUGAGGGAAAGGAUAAACCUUUGGAAGAACCAAAGGCAUCUGGUGAUCUCAGCAAGGAAACUUUGGAUGAGGGAUCAAAUGAAAAGAAGCCACGUACUGUUGACUCUCAAGCAGCAGGAUGUGACCCAUCUAACAGAUGCAUUGACAAGAAGACCAAAUUGGUUGCUUGUCUGAGGGUACCAGGAACAGGUAUUCUUUACCAGCAUAUAUCACAAUAAAUUGUUUCAAACUUA